GUCAUGUACGUGCGCCACACAGUAUGGAUGGAUUGUCUAAAUAAAAUAGUCAUAAAUAGGCCAGUAAGGAACAAGUUCGUCCAACACCCGAAGAUGUUAUAAGAGAGCUGUUGUUAGUUCAAGAUGCUGUAGUAGUUCCUGGAAUAUCUUGAAACAAAUUAGAAUACUUUACGUGUCGUCGCUCGGCACAAAAUAACUAGCUUUAGCUAGUGUAACGCUUACUCUAUUAUGUAGCAUCUGUCGUAAGUGCAUCAAUACAUUCGCUUUUGUUAUCAUCACAAUGCCGCGCAUUUCUGUGAACUACAUUUUAUUAUGUGGACAAUUCCUCUUGCUUGUUACGGUGUUGCUUUUGCAAUGUUUGGAAGGGAUUCAUUCCCAAAAUUCGUCAGAGCCACCCGGAAACAGAGUGGUAACAACAGCAACAUCAACAGUAUCUGCGUUUAGCGAACAAACUCAAGAAACCGUGACAUUUAAUCCCAUAACUCCAGACCAUGGAAAUUACUCCGAGCAAUUUGAAUACAAUCCACCAUCACCGGUUGUUCUGUGCAAUUAUUUACCGGAGGAGUUCGUGUACUGUCAAGAACCGGUUUUUCACGACGGAAAUAUUACUGCCCUUUCGGAAAUGGGACACGGAUGUGUGAAGUUUGGGGGACAAGCGCAUAAAAACGUGAACCAUACUCGAGUGUUGUGCACAGCGCUGGAUGGGAUCGAAUGCGCUGGACCGCGAGAGUUCUUCAGAGAAAACGAACCGUGUAUAAAAUACACUGGACACUAUUUCAUCACCACACUGCUGUAUUCAUUUUUCCUGGGCUGUUUCGGAGUGGACAGAUUUUGUCUCGGCCACACGGGCACGGCUGUAGGCAAGCUCCUGACGCUGGGUGGUUUGGGUAUUUGGUGGUUUGUGGAUCUGAUUCUGCUGAUAACCGGAGUGCUGAUGCCAAAUGACGACAGCAACUGGUGCACAUACUACUGACAGUGUGUGUGUGUGUGUGCGCGUGUACGUGUGUGUGUGUGGGAGUGACUUAUAAUGAGUGGACACAUUUAUGUUGUGUUUGCAUGUGUCACUUCUGAUUGAAAUGUAUGUUGUUUUAAGACAGUCCAAAUGUGGAACCAUGUUGUAUAUUAAAAAAAAAAAACCUUUCACUUCCAACUACAAACCUCUUCAAGGGGUAAUAUAUUAAAAGACAAUGAUUGGGUUUAAUUAAAAAAAAAAAACCACACACACACAAAAAAAAUUUAUGUAUAUAUUUCUUAAAGCACUGUUAUGUACUAAAGUUCAGUUGGAUUCAGUUCCUAUAGCACUCAGCUUACAGCAGACUGCAAUGCUCUCCAUGUGUUUUCUGUUCCUUUUCUCUGAAUCAUAUCACUCUUAUUAUUCAUAUUUGAAAAAUCUCAUUUGAACAGUUUUCUUUCAUUGCAGUUUCAGCAUGACCACAAUUAACGAUACUCAGAUAUUUCAGUGAGGUUUUUGUUUUUUCUUAAUGAUUAUAAACCCGUUUGGUUUCCUGAUACUGACAAGGUUGUUCUUAAAGAAAAACUAUCCGAAAGCUUCUUGAUUGUUUAACACUGUUGUCUUGGAGAUUCUUGUCCAUGCUCACAACAUUGUCACUGUUGAUGUAACAUGUAUAAAUGUGUUACACGUGCUGAUAUGGCUUACUUUACAAAAUACUAAAGAGGGAAAUACAUCGGCAGGCAAAUGUGGUUGUAAAAAGCCUUUUUGUUUAUGUCACUUUUGCAUAUGCUACAGUUAAUCCAAA